AGCCAGUUCCUCUCCAGCCGCGCUGGGCCGCCCACCGCUCGCUCCCGGCCGUGGCUCCUGCGGGCCGACGCGCUGCAGCCUCCAGCCCGCGCGGCCAGCGGGGCGGCCGCGCCACCCGCGCCCCGAGCCUGCAGCCCCUCGCCGUGCGUCCUCGGUUCCCAGUCCGCAGCACCUCUCUUCGUUGGGCCCCGGUGGGCCGCCCCGUCGCGUCCCCCGCUCUGAACUCAAGUCACAGUGGAGCGCCGCCGCGACCGCCCCCGCGGAUCCGCAACUUCCCCCGCGACCUGGAAAUAUGGGAUGUAUAAAAUCAAAAAGGAAAGACAAUCUGAAUGACGAUGGACUAGAUUUGAAGACGCAACCAGUACGUAAUACUGACCGAACUAUUUAUGUGAGAGAUCCAACGUCCAAUAAACAGCAAAGGCCAGUUACAGAAUCUCAGCUUUUACCAGGACAGAGGUUUCAAACUAAAGAUCCAGAGGAGCAAGGAGACAUUGUGGUAGCCUUGUACCCCUAUGAUGGCAUCCACCCAGACGACUUGUCUUUUAGGAAAGGAGAGAAGAUGAAAGUCUUGGAGGAGCAUGGAGAAUGGUGGAAAGCUAAAUCCCUUUCAACAAAGAAAGAAGGCUUCAUCCCCAGCAACUAUGUAGCCAAAGUCAAUACCUUGGAAACAGAAGAGUGGUUUUUCAAGGAUAUAACCAGGAAAGACGCAGAAAGGCAGCUUCUGGCACCAGGUAACAGCGCUGGGGCUUUCCUUAUCAGAGAAAGCGAAACAUUAAAAGGAAGCUACUCUCUAUCUGUCAGAGAUUUUGACCCUGUGCACGGUGAUGUUAUUAAGCACUACAAAAUUAGAAGUCUGGACAAUGGAGGUUAUUACAUCUCUCCAAGAAUCACUUUUCCUUGUAUCAGUGACAUGAUUAAGCAUUACCAAAAGCAGUCAGAUGGCUUGUGCAGAAGAUUGGAGAAGGCUUGUAUUAGUCCCAAACCGCAAAAGCCAUGGGACAAAGAUGCCUGGGAGAUCCCACGAGAGUCCAUUAAGUUGGUGAAGAGGCUUGGUGCUGGGCAGUUCGGGGAAGUCUGGAUGGGUUAUUAUCACAAUAGUACCAAAGUGGCUGUAAAAACCCUGAAACCAGGCACCAUGUCUGUGCAGGCAUUCCUAGAGGAAGCGAACCUCAUGAAGACCCUUCAGCAUGACAAGCUGGUGAGGCUCUACGCCGUGGUCACCAAGGAGGAGCCCAUCUACAUCAUCACGGAGUACAUGGCCAAAGGCAGUUUGCUGGAUUUCUUGAAGAGUGAUGAAGGGGGCAAAGUGCUGCUUCCAAAACUAAUUGACUUUUCUGCUCAGAUCGCAGAGGGAAUGGCAUACAUCGAGAGGAAGAACUACAUUCACCGAGACCUGCGAGCAGCUAAUGUCCUGGUCUCCGAGUCACUAAUGUGCAAAAUUGCCGACUUCGGCCUUGCUCGCGUGAUUGAGGAUAACGAGUACACGGCAAGGGAGGGUGCUAAAUUCCCCAUCAAGUGGACAGCUCCAGAAGCAAUCAACUUUGGAUGUUUCACUAUUAAGUCUGAUGUGUGGUCCUUCGGAAUUCUCCUAUAUGAAAUCGUCACCUAUGGGAAAAUUCCUUACCCAGGGAGAACUAAUGCUGAUGUGAUGACCGCGCUGUCUCAGGGCUACAGGAUGCCCCGCAUGGAGAACUGCCCAGAGGAGCUCUAUGAAAUCAUGAAGAUGUGCUGGAAAGAAAAGGCAGAAGAGAGGCCAACAUUUGAUUACCUGCAGAGCGUCUUGGAUGAUUUCUACACUGCCACAGAAGGCCAGUAUCAGCAGCAGCCUUAGAGCACAGGACGACCUGUGGCCCUUCUCAGGGACAGCUGCCUCAUUAAAGAAGAAACAAUAACUACUGGAUGCAUUAGUUUUCAUGUGCUAAGAUCAUCUACUGUCCCUGCUUCCUGAAAUGAGGCUAAAUUACUCAGGAAGAAACACUGUCUACAUGGAAGAGUAUCUUCUCCUCACCAGAGGAUGCCCACGGCUCUGCCCCUUGGCCUGCCCCCAACUGGCCAUCUUGCUUGGCUAGACCAACAUCUGAAUACAGUCUUCUGAGGAAAAAACACCUGUUCUACCCAAAAUACGCCAACUUUGGCCUCUUGUUUACAAUUGGAUGUGUGACUGAGAGGUUCAGAGGCCAUUUCCAUAAAUCUCAACUAGUACAACUAAACUCAUUUAUAAAAGUAAAAUAACCAGAUACCUAUCAUGGCACUUCUUUGUAUUUUCUCUAUGCUUUGGCUU